AUGCCCGGGGCCGCGCUGCCCGCCGUGCUGCUGCCGCUGCUGGGCCUGGCCGCCGCCGCUGCCGCGGACUGUCCUUCAUCCACCUGGGUUCAGUUCCAAGACAGCUGUUACAUUUUUCUUCAAGAAAACAUCAAAGUAGAAAGCAUAGAGGAUGUCAGAAAUCAAUGCACUGACCAUGGAGCAGACAUGAUAAGCAUACACAAUGAAGAAGAAAAUGCUUUUAUACUGGACACUUUGAAAAAGCAAUGGAAAAGCCCGGAUGAUAUCCUACUAGGCAUGUUUUUUGACACCGAUGAUCAGAGUUUCAAGUGGUUUGAUAAGUCAAAUAUGACUUUUGGUAAGUGGACAGAUGAAGAUGAAGAGGAGGAUCUGGUUGACACCUGUGCCUUUUUGCACACCACGACCGGUGAAUGGAAAAAAGGAAAUUGUGAAGUUUCUUCUGUGCCAGGAGCCCUUUGUAAAGCAGCUAUUCCGUAUGAAAAGAAAUAUUUAUCAGAUAACCACAUUUUGAUAACAGCUUUGGUGAUUGCUAGCACAGUGAUUUUGACAGUUUUGGGAGCAAUAGUUUGGUUCCUGUACAAAAGAAAUUUGCAUUCUGGUUUCACCACAGUUUUCUCAGCUGCACCCCAAUCACCUUAUAACGACGACUGUGUUUUGGUAGUUGCAGAAGAAAACGAACAUGCUGUUCAGUUUGACUGA